AGCGGCACUUUCCCGUGAGGCGGAAGUGACGCUGUGCGCACUCGCGUGUUUAUUUCCGCUCUCUCUCCCCUCCUUAAAGCGGCAGCCAUGGCGUUGGAGACGGUGCCGAAGGACCUGCGGCACCUGAGGGCUUGUUUGCUGUGUUCCUUGGUCAAGACCAUUGACCAGUUUGAGUUUGACGGCUGCGACAACUGCGACUCCUAUCUGCAGAUGAAGGGCAACCGCGAGAUGGUCUACGACUGCACCAGUUCGUCAUUCGACGGCAUUAUUGCGAUGAUGAGCCCGGAAGACAGCUGGGUCUCCAAGUGGCAGCGAAUUAGUAACUUCAAGCCCGGGGUGUACGCUGUGUCCGUAACGGGCCGUCUGCCCCAAGGCAUCGUGCGAGAGCUGAAGAGCCGCGGAGUGGCCUACAAGUCCCGGGACACGGCCAUAAAGACCUAAGUCUCUCAGCCGGCUUUCCCGCUGGCAGAGAUGGGCGCCUUUUACACAGAGCUCUCUUUGCCUGGCCUAUGGAGGGCUCCAUCUUUCCCCCUCCUGACAACUGAGCUCAGUAGGAGUCUUCUCAAGAAGCCGCAAGGAGGAGCGACAACCAUUCCUGGGGGUUUAUGUAAAUACUCUUUUAAUAAAUGUGUCGGUGGGAUCAGAAA